CCUCUCCGCGCUCCGCUCCGUCUCUCCUCGGCCACUGGGUGCUGAAGUUGGGCGGAUGGCAGCGAACCGGCUCCGCUAGAGGACCGAGCAGCCCAGCCUCGCGCCCCCGGACCCAUCGGUGCGCUGCCCACACCUCCGAGCCACGGGCCUGUUGGGUACCGAAGUAGUUGAGAUGCGCAAAAGGCAGCAGUCACAAAAUGAAGGAACACCUGCUGUGUCUCAAGCUCCAGGAAACCAGAGGCCCAACAACACGUGCUGUUUCUGCUGGUGCUGUUGCUGCAGCUGCUCCUGCCUCACCGUCAGGAACGAAGAAAGAGGGGAUAAUGCCGGAAGACCCACACACACCACAAAGAUGGAGAGCAUCCAGGUCCUAGAAGAAUGCCAAAACCCGACCUCAGAUGAGGUCUUGUCCUGGUCUCAGAAUUUUGACAAGAUGAUGAAGGCCCCAGCAGGGAGAAACCUCUUCAGAGAGUUCCUCCGAACAGAAUACAGUGAGGAAAAUCUACUUUUCUGGCUUGCCUGCGAAGACUUGAAGAAGGAACAGAAUAAAAAAGUGAUAGAAGAAAAAGCCAGGAUGAUAUAUGAAGAUUACAUCUCCAUAUUGUCACCAAAAGAGGUCAGUCUCGAUUCUCGAGUUAGAGAGGUGAUCAAUAGAAAUCUGUUGGAUCCCAAUCCUCACAUGUAUGAAGAUGCCCAACUUCAGAUUUAUACCUUAAUGCACAGAGAUUCCUUUCCAAGGUUUUUGAACUCUCAGAUUUACAAGUCAUUUGUUGAAAGUACUGCCGGCUCUUCUUCUGAAUCUUAAUUUUCGUUACAAGGAUGAUUCUGGAGGGCUGGGAUGGGAACUGAAAGUAGUGAAAUGACAUCAGAAAUCACGUUCCUGGAGAACCGUAGUUUAGUAUUCCUCAGGCUACUGUGAAAAUACAACCGUUAUGGUCUUCGUCUCCAUUUUUAUCAAGGUUAUCCAUGGUGAAGUUUGGAGGAAAUAUGACAGAAAACAAUGAAUUGCCAAACUCAGUCUGUUUUACAUUCACUCUACUUGCAAGCGAUCUGUGUUUGUAGUCCUAUGAACAGUCUCCUAGUGUAACUCCAGAGACUGCAUGUGCAAAGUCAAAACUGCUUCAUUUGCCACGUAGUUGUUGCUAAACUUAAUCCAAUCGCGUAACUUUUAUCUGUAUCUAAGGACUUUUGUGCAAUAUGGUCUUAUAAUCGCCAACAACUGGCUAUGAUUUGCAUUUUUUAUGAUAAUCCAAGAUAGACAAAGACAAUUUUUAAAAUGUAACGAUUGUGUUGAACAUACUAUCUACUGUGUUGUUCCAUACACUAAUUUUGAAGCCGAUGUUUCUGUAAAUGAAAAAAGAGCUAUUUAUCUGUUUGCUGGAAAUUCCUAAUGGAGGAUUCCACUGGUUGAUCACUGCCAAAACGGUGGCAUUUUCAUUAAGAUGACUUUGCUGUGUUAAAAAAAAAUCAAGAAGAAUAAAAGCACAAAACAAUUUGAAAAUAUCCUAUCUCAAUGACAAAUCAAAGAAUGAUAUUGUUUUUUUAAUUGUAAUAGAAGAAAAUGAGUCUAUGUAUAUAUCAGAUGUCCAAUACUGUAAUUAAUUUAUUAAAGACUGGAUCUCCAGUU